AUGGCAAAGCUGUGGUUUCUCAUUCUUAGCACUUUCUUAAUCUUUCAAUCCCAUCUCAUCCACGCCGACUCAUCAAUGCGUCGCCCACGAGCUCUGGUGUACCGCGGUCCAGCAGCCUGUGAAGGAUGUCCCGAAUCCGUUGCCGCAUUACUGCGAUCCUCUCCCCAAAACUUCAAAGUCCGCUAUGCGGGUCCCAAGGAAGCCAUCCGCAUCACCCCGGAGAACCUCAAGAAAUUUGACCUGUAUGCUCAGCCGGGAGGUGGAGAUGAUGUAGAUGAGACGUUUGCACAGGUAGCGGCAUAUGCCCCAGCAAUCCGCGACUUUGUCGCAAACGGCGGACGCUACUUUGGUAUCUGUUUGGGUGCAUUCUUCGGCGGACCCUCACCCGGCUAUGGCCUCCUUCCCGAAGGUGCAGAUGCAAAGUCCGAGAUGCUACAGAAAGGCGCCCAAGUCACCAAUGCGGAUGAUGCCGUCAUUCAGAUGGACUGGAUGUGGGCUACUGGACCCAAAGCUGGUCAAGCAAUAAAGAAACGAUGGGUCUAUUUCCAGGAUGGCGCCGUGAUUCUGAAAUUUGUUCAAGGAAAGGACGCAUUCGUGCUUGGGCGAUAUUCUAGUAACGGUGAUGUUGCUGCCACGCUGAACAAGUUCGGUAGGGGCUGGGUCGGGCUGGUGGGACCUCAUCCCGAGGCUGACCAAGAUUGGUUUGAUGAUGAGGACUUGAGAGCCCCAGACGGUUUGUCUUUUGACAUUGGCCAUGACUUGAUCGAGGCGAUCAUGUCAGGAGGUCCAAUUCACCCUAAGGAGGGACUGUGA